AUGUCCUUCACACAGCCAAACGCGACGCUAUACGUGCACAAUCUGAACGACAAGGUCAAAAAGGAAGAGCUGCGCACGCAGCUAUAUGCGCUCUUCACAACCUAUGGACGGGUGGUCGACAUCGUCGCAAUGAAAGGACCGAGGAUGCGCGGCCAGGCGUUCCUAGUGUUCGCCGACCUCGCAGGUGCGACCGCGGCGCUGCGUGCGUGCGAAGGUAUCGUUUUCUACGAUAAGCCGAUGCGGAUAGAGUACGCAAAGACCAAGUCAUAUGCAACUUUGCAACGCGAGGAUCCGACCUUCAUCCCCCCGACAUCCGUGCAUGCGAAGAAUGUGGCAUCGUCGAACGGCAGACAGACGAACGGAGAGAAGCGCCAAAGAGAGGAUCGCAUGGACGAGGAUGGGCCGCAAGCCAAGCGGGAAAGGAACGAUGAUGAGGACGGCGAGGAGAUGGAGAUUGAGGACGACGAUGAGGGCUCCAGGCAGAAUACAACGGCUACAAGCGGGACGGAGGUCAUACCGCAAGUUGUGAACUACCAAUCUGCGCGAUUGCUAUGUACAAAUUUGCCUCAGGAGGUCACGGACGACGUGCUAUCCGUACUGUUUCAACAAUAUCAAGGCUUCCAAUCCACGCAAGUUGUCCAGUCUCCAACACCAAAUGCGGCCGGACAGAAGGUCAAGAUGGCGCAAGUCUUAUUUGACUCCCCGGAGCUUGCAUCCGUCGCAAAAGAGGCCCUGGACGGCUUCACAUUGAAGAAAGGAUGGGUGAUGUCUGUCGCCUAUAUUUGA